AUGCCCAAGUUCAGGACCAACAACGACGAGUACCUCAAGAUAGCAUUGACGUCUUGCGAGGCGGCCUCAGAGGCAUUGGCCAACAUAGCUAGCCGUGCACGAGGAUAUCUCUACCGCAUAGGGGACAUAUUACUAGCUGCUCAAGUCCUCACACAUGUCGUCAAGGCGGGUGUUGCUGGAGCUAAUAGCUCGGUGGAGGCCUCAACACAUGCCAUUUCUGAGCAGUUCAAGAUCGACUUGGACACUACUCUAUCACAUACCGAGGAAAGUGUGGACGACUCCGCGCGGUCCAACUGCUCAAGUCCAUCUAUCCUCUAUCGCUUGGCCAUGGCCUUGCGGUACCUGUGGGUCGGUCGAGUACAUGAGCUAUUGGAAUCCUCAUUGCAGAGUGCCCUCUCGAAGGGCUUGUUGGACAGCCUCCUCGUGUGUGGUGGAGGAGAAGCGCACGCGGGCGUAUUUGCGGACAUUAUCAAAAAGUACACUGAGUUGACUCAUGGCGACAUUCAGUCAAUCGCUCUCAUUUUCUGCCAUGUGCCAUUACUAGCCUCUUCUGCACACACAAGGGCCUUCGUUGACGGUACUGUUAACCAGUACUUGUCCAUGCUCAAUCGAUGGCAGCUGUGGUCUUUGCGGUCCGAACUGGAGCAAUAUCGGCAGCUUAAUUCCCCUACAGGGUACUCAGCGCCUCAGCAGAUCAUAUGUUGUUACUAUUGUGGAGGUAACCUCACAGGCCAACCCUCUAGAGGACAGCAGGGCAUGUCCUCACUUAUUAUGGAUAAUACUCGAGAUCCAUUCACUUGGCGAUGUCCUUAUGCACGAUGCCACAAACCAGUACCGAACUGCGCCCUUUGCUUAAUGCCAAUAACAAUUGUGAAUCAAGGUGCAAGGAAAAGAAAUGCCGCUCAUCGGCUGCCAUUGAACGAAUGGAGUGGUUCGCGCAUCAUGAUGAGUGCCCAGUCGCUGGAUGCGGUUGUUGUUGUAACUCUCUAG